AUGGGUCCUAUUAGCCUUUUCCCUGGUUUAAUCAUUAGACAGAGUUUAGAGGGUAUAGUCAUUAACCAAGAAGAAGCCUACACAAAGACCUUGCUUGCGAAAUUCGGUAUGGUGGGUGAUUCAAAGUUUCAAGCAAAUCCAUGUGAACCUCAUAUGAUUGUUGUAAUGAAUAUAUUCCGAUACCUCAAAAGAACCACCUCUCUUGGAAUUUGGUAUCCUUCCAACUCUGGUUUCUUUGUGCAAGUGUAUUCAAAUGCUGAUUUUGGUGGAUGUGGUCUCGAUCGCAAAAGAACCUCUGGGGGAUGUCAGUUUCAAGAUGGAAAACUUUUUAGUUGGCAAUCCAAGAAGCAGACUUGUGUCUCCCUAUCUACUGCAGAAGCUGAAUACAAUGCAAUUGCUUCAUGCACUUCUAAAGUUGUAUAG